AUGAGCUCCGCUUUCUCGGCAAAGAAUCUGCAGGAGUUCGAGCCGCAUAUGAGCAAGGAUAUUCGGAAGCUCGUAGACUCUUUUCAGCGCCGGUUAGAGGGUUCGAAGACUGCGGCGUUAGACUUCAAUGUAUACGGUACGAUCCACAUCAUCCAGUAUAGUUAUCCUACUGAUGCAUAUUCAGCAAACUUUCUGGCAUUCGAUGCUAUCGGCGAUUUCGCAUUCGGCGAGCCCUUCGGCUUCCUAGACCGAGAAGAAGAUUACCUCAACCUCAUUGACGCAGUAGAUGCGCGUGGAGAAGUACUGAAUGCCCUGGGCCACGUCCCACGGUCUCUCAGGGCCUUUAUGAAAUACCUCCCAUUCGACUCCUUCUGGUUAAAGGGAGUCCAAGGCACACAAGUACUAGGCACUCUCGGAACUAGGGCAUAUUUCAAGAGACGAGACCAGGCCAGCUCGCGCAAAGACCUUCUCAGCUUCCUCUUCAAUGCCAAAGACCCUACAACCGGGGACCCGUUAAUGGAGAACGAAGUCAUUGCCGAGUCUAUUUCAUUUAUUGUCGGGGGCAGCGAUACAACUAGUAGCAGCAUGACGAAUAUUGUCGACAUCGUAUCUCGAGCCGAGGCCGUCCAGCGAUAUCUGCAGGAGGAACUGGAUGUUGCCUUUCCCGGCGAUAUGGCCGCGGAUUGGGUUGCUGACUUUAAAACCGUCGAGAGUCUGCCGGUUCUGAACGCCAUCGUCCGCGAGGCGCUGCGGCUUCGGCCUACCAGUGCAACGGGCCUCGAGCGUGUCACCCCCAUGGGGGGGAAGGUAAUAGCAGGAAGGUCUUUUCCGGAGGGCACUCUAGUAAGCGUGCCAACGCUCAACAUCCACCAUAAUCCGGUGGUAUUCAAGGACUCUGAAAGCUUCUGCUACGAACGGUGGAUUGGCGAGGAUUCUUCCAGGCUCCUGGACUCGUUUAUUCCAUUCUCUGUUGGUCCGCGGGCUUGUACUGGUCGAAAUUUCGCAUGGAUGGAGAUGCUGAAGACGCUGGCAACUUUAUUCAAGCUAUUUCACCUGGAGCGCGUUUUUGUUGGCGAUACUGUUCUCCGUGAAGGGUUCUUCAUGAAGAGCCAGGAAUGUGAAGUCGUGUUGAAGAGGCGUACUGUUCAAGCCUAG